AUGUCUAGGCAUGUUGUCAAGGCGUCUACUGUGAUGUCCUCACAUGCUGCAUCCAUUGCAGCCAGCAGGGUCAUCUACGACGUGGACGACCCCAGCACGCCCAACGACGAGGGCAUCACGGCGCUGCACAACGCCGUCUGCGCCGGCCACACGGAGAUCGUCAAGUUCCUGGUGCAGUUCGGGGUCAACGCCAACGCCGCCGACAGCGACGGAUGGACCCCUCUCCACUGCGCCGCCUCCUGUAACAACGUCCAGGUGUGUAAGUUCCUGGUGGAGUCGGGCGCGGCCGUCUUCGCCACCACGCACAGCGACAUGCAGACGGCAGCCGACAAAUGUGAGGAGAUGGAGGACGGCUACGCCCAGUGCUCCCAGUUCCUCUACGGCGUCCAGGAGAAGAUGGGCGUGAUGAACCGCGGCGUGGUCUACGCCCUGUGGGACUACGAGCCGCAGAGCGAGGACGAGCUGGGCUUCAGGGAGGGCGACUGCAUGACGGUGCUGAGACGGGAGGACGCCGCCGAGACCGAGUGGUGGUGGGCCCGAUGCGGGGACCACGAGGGCUACAUCCCCCGAAACCUGCUGGGGCUGUAUCUGAGGAUCAGGCCGCGGCAGAGGAGCCUGGCUUAGCCCGCAAAUCCUUCAAAAGAAGACCAAAAACCUCGUGAGGGAAGGACUGCAAUCAUCCGGACGCAGGAUGUCAGAGAUGUUUUCCCCAAACUGCCGUUGGACCUUUAUUUUGUUUUGUUUUUUUGGUUGUUUCAAUCUCAGCACAAAGAAUGUCCCAAUGAACAGGAGUUAAUCUGCAUUCUGUGGUCAAAUAAAAAGAAUCAGUUUAUUCAAAUG